AUGAAUGGUGUUUUGAAACCUCAUCACCAAGAUGAACAAAGAGUUAUUGCUCCCAACAAGCAAAACAGAAUGAAAAUCCAGAAGAAGAACACUAGAAGCAAGUUCAUGUCAAAUCCUUGUGACAAUGUUGGAAACUAUGCAGGUCUCAUGAAUCUUCCUCCUUCUUAUCCAUUUGCGUUGUCUUCUUCAUUUUACUAUCAUCACCAAAACCAGCAACCGCCACUACUUCCUUUACCCUCAGUUUCUCCAAGUGUGGUGAGGAACAGUGGAAAACACAGAAGCAAAGAAAUUUCCAAUAGAAAAUCAAAACAAACCAUGAGAGAGGAAGUGCUUCAUACUACUCCUGUGGUUUAUACGUCGUCGUUUAGAUCACCGGCAAUGACUGGGAAAGGAUUUGGUUUUGGCACCGAAAACGUGGAUUUUUCAAGUUGGGUGUUCAAUUUGUCACCACCACCAAGCAGUUUGCCAGUGCCAAAGUUUUGCAUGAGAAGAUCAAAGCUUAGUUGCAAUGCAGAAACAAAUUAA